AUGACGCCUGGAUCCUACGACCCUAACGGGAACUUGUUGAUCUUCGCGUUCAAGUCGCCCUCGGUCCUGGACCCCGAAAUGCGCGUCGUGCUUGGUCCAUUCGCCCGAGCCGUCCAUGGUGUGCGACUCCCUCAGUCACUGCAGAAUGCGGUAGUGGGAGAAGGCCCACCAGCCAGAGAGAGACCACCUCGAGAACUACAAGCUGCGAUAUCAAGGGCAACUGCACGAGACGGAGAGAGAGCAGCGGGGCCGUUGGAGAGACAAGUUGGAAGGCUGACUGCUCCAAUGGCGAACAACCCGACCAAGCCAUCGUCAGACGCGGGCAACAAGGCAAGUCACAAACCUGGGACGAACUUCUCCCGACCUUCACAAGGCAAUGGGUCAGCGAAGCCGAGGGACGCUGCACGCAAGCACUGGGCGAACCUGGCGUAUCGAGCAUUGCCACCGGCGGGCAAGGAUACGAAGUAG